AUGGCGAACUUUACCCCACCGCUGGACCAAUCAGGGGACGCGUUUGAACAAAACAUGGCGAACUUUGUCCCAGAGUACGACCAAUCAGCGGGGACGAAUCAAGACCCGAGCGACUGUCUAGCAGGCUGUUUCGUCAUGGAGGAAAUGCGUGAGGGGGCCCAGGUGGAGCUUUUCCAUCUUAUUGGGAACUUGUGGUUCCGUUCCAAUCUCGGUAUAGCGACGUUCGCAAUUCUCCCCAACAUUCUUAUUCUGGAGAUUUUCCGAUGUCUGGGUAUAUCAGAAAGCCCGACGUCCUUGAGCCUUUUCGCGCUAACUCUGUCCGAUUUAACUGUGUCACUGUUUUUGUUUCUGAACACUGUUCUCAGCUUUCUGACUGGUCUCGAGAACUUGUUUGGGAAACUAACAGUUGCAAAUUUGAAAUCACAAAGUGAGUCUAUGGUGUAUAUCAUGAACAGAAUGUCGUCUCUCUAUACCGUGUAUCUGACCACAAUGAAAUGUUGCUGCGUGGCUCUGCCGUUGCAAUUCAAACAGUUGUUCACUCAGAGAAAUGUGCGGAAACAUCUGAUCCUGAUCACCGUCGCCUGUCUGCUCACUGGCAUCCCGACCUGUCUGAUGACUUACAAAAGUCUGACCACGUCUGCUCUGGGCAACUUUACCCACUCUAUCAUAGUCACUGGGACGGGUUCUGUGUUUCGGGAGAUUGACGUUGACGUAGUAAGGAUGGGCAUCUUCGUGUUCGAGCCCAGCAUCUGUCAGAUUAUUGUUCUCGUAGAUCUGGUUAUUCGAACAGCCAAACUGAAGCUCACGUCCAAAUUUAGGUCAGGCUCGGACACGGGCGGCGCCGAGUCGACCUCGAGUGACGUCAAACUGUCCGGGAAAGAGCUGAGACCCGUCAAGUCUGUGAUGGUUGUGGCGGCCAUGUUUGCUGUGUGUAAUGUCCCGGUGAUCAUCCUUACAUUCGUCAGCUCCUUGCUGCAGUACUUUGAACAGAUUGACCAAAUUUUGCUUGACAAGGUCUAUUAUCUGUCUUUACAAGUGAAGCACAGUUUUAUCGCGUGUUGCUCUUGCCUCAACGUAUUUGUUUACUUGCAGUACAACUCCAGCUUCAGGCAACAAGUUGUGUCUUUGGCGGCUAAACUGUUUUGCAGAAAACAAAAAGUUGACAGCCUGGAGAAACACCACAAAAAAUGA